AUGGAUUCCAGAAGCUUCCUAAAAAUUAUAGCUCUCUUGGGCUUCCUCUCACUACCUCACCAAGCUUUCGGUUCAAGCCGCCGCCUCUCUCUUCGCCCGGCCGACGGCGAUAAUGCGGCGCCGGACGGCGUUUGCUCCGCCGCCAUCACCGCACACGGGUACAAGUGCCAAGAAUAUGAUGUGACGACUGAUGAUGGAUACAUACUGAGCGUGCAAAGGAUUCCUCAGGGCCGGGCUGGAACCGCAAGCCCGACCCGGCCUCCGGUUCUGCUGCAACAUGGGGUCCUUGUGGACGGGAUGACGUGGGUGCUAAAUUCUCCAGAACAAUCUCUAGCGAUGAUAUUGGCUGAUAAUGGGUUCGAUGUUUGGAUUUCCAACAUUCGAGGAACUCGGUUUAGCCGCCGCCAUCUCCAACUUGAUCCUCACGAUCCUGAAUUCUGGAAUUGGACAUGGGACGACCUGGUGAUCCACGACUUACCAUCUGUAAUCGAUCUAGUCUUCAAAAAAACCGGUCGGAAAAUUCACUACGUUGGCCACUCAAUGGGAACUUUGAUAGCUUUGGCCUCAUUAUCAGAAGGGAAACUGAUAGACAAGGUUAAGUCGGCUGCUCUGUUGAGCCCGAUUGCAUAUCUAAGUCAUAUGACUACUGCUCUAGGAAACAUGGCAGCUAGAGCCUUUGUUGGUGAAAUCACUACUGCGUUUGGUCUAGCAGAAUUCGACCCCAAAGGGGAGCCGGCGAAUAAUUUUCUGCAUGCACUGUGUACUGCUUCUGGAAUAGACUGCUAUGACUUGAUGAGCGCAUUUACGGGAAGGAAUUGCUGUCUCAAUUCAUCUACGGUCGACAUUUUUCUCAAGCAUGAACCUCAAUCCACAUCGACUAAGAACCUUGUCCAUCUAGCUCAAACGGUUAGAGAUGGAGUCCUGUCCAAGUACGACUACGGCAACACAGCGUUCAAUUUGGAGCAUUAUGGUGAGUCGAGCCCUCCCGUUUACGACCUGACCAGAAUCCCCCACGACUUCCCCCUCUUCUUGAGCUAUGGAGGAGAAGACGCGCUAUCGGACGUUAAGGACGUGGCCACAUUGCUUGAUGCUCUUAAGGAUCAUGACGUGGACAAGCUUCACGUGCAGUACAUCAAGGAUUUUGCUCAUGCCGACUUUAUUAUGGGGAUAACUGCUAAGGACUCACCGGCCGUCGCGGCUAAGUCGCUGCUGGAUGCUUCCUUUUCGCCUCUAAGAGUGCUGCGGGUGGUUGGCCAGCAACGAUUUUCGCUCCUCGGUUUAUCCCCCGCCACCGUCGAGGUCGUCGACUACUCUUGCAAGGCCCAACCGCGGAAGUUCGUCGGUCCGUUUGGACGCUCGAUAUGUGCAGCCAUGUACUUCCUGGAGACGGACCUUAGCGUGAGCGAGCCCAACUCGCGACCCGUGUGCCCCUGUUCAGCCGGGCGGCACGAUUGCAGGCUGCUGUCUCCUUGA